AUGACAUCGAAGACAAGUAUUCUAAAACAAACAAAAAAGCCUGCUCAUCGACCUCAUCAUUCUCCUGAACCACCAAUCAUUGAUGAAGCUUUUGAUGAGCCAUUUUAUUCACCAAAAGAGGGAUCUAUUUCGAAGGGGAUAAAGAAAAUUCGCAAACCCCAACUUAACAGAAGGGGUGUUCGUAUUCGUGAUGUUCCUAUUCCAAUAUCACCACCUUUGAAAAAACGUAAAGCACAUGAAGUAGUCAAAAAGAUCAAGAAUAAGAAGAAACAGUUGGCUAAUCCACUUGACGAAGUUAUUGUUGAAACUGAUUUUGAAAGUGGAAGCGAAGGAUCACCGAUUCGUCAUGAUAUUGGAUUGGCCAUUGAGACACCUUAA